CAGCAUUCAGUAAGCUGUCAUAUUGUAACGAAUCGUUGUGCAUUUAGAUUGCUAUUAUUUUCUGAAUUCCUAUUGAUGACUUAGUUUGUUGCCUGGAUACCAAUUGAAACGGCAUGGAUUGUAGCGAUUUAAAUACUUUCGGCGACGACGACAUUAUUGAACCAUGCCGAACGUGCGGUAUUUAUUUUAUUUCCAACCAUGCAGUUAUACAGCCAAUAUUUACAAUUCCUGGUACCGGUGACAUAUCUAAUGGCUUCAUGAAAGAAAUAGUGGAGCAAUUGAAUGCCUGGAAUCUUGAGGUAGACAGGAACGACGGUCGGCCACAGUACAUAUGCAUUGCGUGCAUUAAUGAAUUUCAGAAGGUGCUAAACUUUAAGCGCAGCUGCCUGGAUACACAGCAGCAAUUUGACGAAUUGGACUGCAAGCGUGCGCACAAUGGGCUUGUGAUAAAAAAGGAAAUUGAUCCGCCCAGUGAAGAGACUAAAUACUGUGAGUUCAUUUAUAUAGACUCUGACGAAGAGGCUGGUAGCGAAGAGGAUGGCAGCAGACGCGUCUGUGCUCCUCUCGACAUACCCCACGUGCCCAUUAAGGAAGAGCAUACGGCUCGUGUCCCACAAGAGACGCAACUUAAGCCAGCAGUGCCGUUAGUUAGUAAUUUGUCCGACGAGGCGACUUUUACAAAAGUCGAGCCCAAUGUGCUGGCCACUGCAAAUGGCUUCAACUCCCAAUUGUUCGAGAGCGCGACCCCACCAAAUGAGCAGCAAGAUAGCGAUGACGAUAUCAUUAAGUUUACCUAUGAAGAUGAUGAAGACGGCGCAGCGUUGGUGACGCUGCCAGCGCCAAUUGAGGAUCAGGGUGUCUAUUGCAAGCUAUGUGGACAUGCUUCAGCUACACAGGAACGACACAAUGAGCACAUGAGUCGCAUUCACAUGCUUAAGGAUUGCGAGUGUUACAUAUGCGGCAAAAAAUUCGCCAAUGCACAUGAAUCGCGGCUCAGGUUCCACAUGAAAUGGCACAAAUUACAAAAGCAUCUUAAGUGCCCGAUCUGCGGCUUCUUUUGCAAUUCCAAAGACACACUCAAAGAGCACAAACUGGCAGUCCAUACCCGUUCCAAAUGUGAAUUCUGCGGCAAGACCAUGAAGCACAGACAGUUGCAGGCGCAUCUUAAUCGGCAUAUACAAGAUCACGAAGAAGAACUGGCGCGCAAAAUGAGUUUAAUGCAGGCAAUAGAAACGCCAGCCCCACCACUAUCGGAGGAUUUGAUACAAUGCGCCUUUUGCGUGAGCACAUUUAACGAUGCUGAUGAACUUCAGAAGCAUGUGGUGUCCACACAUCGAAUGGCCGCUGAGUCAGAGCAGCUGCCAGCAAUUGAUACAUCUUCCAUAUUAACCGGCCAAACAGAGUUUCCAGAGUCGCCAACUGUUUGUAAGACUCCGAUACCAGAUGCAACCAAUAGUAGCCAAAGUUCAAGCAAUUCUAAUAGUGCACGUCAGGAGAAGUCGAUGUGCCAGUGCAGCAUUUGCGGAAAGCAGUUCGAUUUAAAAAUUAAACUUAAUCGACAUCUAAAGAUGCAUACUAAGUCACCAUUCUGAUGGACAAACAAACACGUUAGCAAGGUUUUCCAAGUCCUGUAAUAGCAGCCACGACUGGAUAACAAUAUAAACUUCAUGCACACAUAGAUUAUGCCAUCAAGUCACUGUGAAUAUUCAAUAUUUCAUUUAGUUGUAAUUAUCAGAUCCUAGAAUAAAAAUUAAACUGCGAGACAAAUUUGAUGUUAGAUAACAGCAAUAUUUAUGCUAAUAUCAUAUAUUAAUUAGUGGGCAGGCAGGUUUCGCUUCUUCGAAAUAUAAAUCACGUGCCCAACUCCUGAAUUCUCAUAUAAUUAUACGAAGCAAAAUUUGUAAUGUUAAACUUUUUGCUUAAAAUCGUAAAUUACAUAAUGUUAGCUACUAUGUAUAGUUAUAUAUAUGUAUAUAUAAAUGAUAAAUGGUAAAUCCAAACAACUGGUUAUGUAAA